AUGAGAGACUAUAAAUUAGUGGUUUUGGGUGCAGGUGGUGUUGGUAAAUCCUGCUUGACAGUUCAAUUUGUACAAGGGGUUUAUUUGGACACAUAUGAUCCCACUAUUGAAGAUUCCUACAGAAAGACCAUCGAGAUCGAUAACAAAGUCUUUGAUCUGGAAAUUUUAGAUACGGCGGGCAUUGCACAAUUUACUGCGAUGAGAGAGUUAUAUAUAAAAUCUGGAAUGGGGUUCCUGUUGGUAUAUUCAGUAACAGACCGACAAUCCUUGGAAGAAUUAAUGGAGUUGAGAGAACAGGUCCUGAGGAUCAAAGAUUCCGACCGUGUUCCGAUGGUUCUAAUAGGUAAUAAAGCCGAUCUAAUCAAUGAAAGAAUAAUAAGUGUAGAAGAAGGUAUAGAAGUGAGUAGUAAAUGGGGUAGAGUCCCAUUUUAUGAAACAAGCGCUUUAUUGAGAAGUAACGUCGACGAGGUGUUCGUUGAUUUGGUUAGACAAAUCAUUCGGAAUGAAAUGGAGAGUGUAGCCAUCAAGGACGCAAGAAAUCAAAGUCAGCAAUUUAUCAAAAAUGAGUCGCCAUCUACCAAGCUUCCUAGCACCGCAAGGCAAGAUACAAAACAAUCAAACAACAAACAAUCAUCUAAGAGUUUGUAUAACAAGUCCUCACAAGGACAAAGUAAAGUUAAACAAUCUACAGCUGCUAAUGAAAAGCGUAAGACAUCGCAUGCCGUUCCGAAAUCGAGUGCUACUAAUAAAACAGGAAGUACUACUACUUCACAACAAAAAAAGAAGAAAAAGAACAGUUCCGCUUGUUGUAUUCUGUAA